AUGCUACGGCGUCCGCGGGAGUCGACGCGCACUCGCAAGGCCCGGAAACGAGGUGGUCCUGCUGCAAGUCUAGAGACAUUGGAUUCGGCUUCAAAGCCGUUCUUUGCGGUGGCCCCAAGUCCACCAACGGUCACCCCGCCGAAACCGAAAUUUGCCGAGAGGUGUGGGCCAGCGAGAAUCAAGUGGUGGCGACUGAAGGAAAAAGAAAAAGAAUCGGUCAUCGUCUCCCGCAUUCUAUUACCGGCGGUAACGACUGUCGACGAAACUUGGAAGAAUGCUGUCGAAGCGAUAACCCGGGUUGCACGGUCGGAGCUCGGCAUGACCAAGCCUGGACGACGAAAGAUUGGCAAGCAAACAUGGCUAAGGACGGAUCAUGUCAGGGAUAAAGACCGUGAGAAGAAAAAGCAGUACCACGCAUUUCUUAUCGAAAAGACGGCUGACAACUGGCAACGCUAUCAGAUAGCGAAGAAAGAGGCGAAGAAGGCCGUUGCUUCUGAGAAGGCAGCUCAUUAUGCCGAUCUUAAUAAGAAAUUCGAGUCUCGAGAUGGUGAGCGGUAUAUUUACCGACUCGCAAAGACCCGCCACCGUUCUCCCGUUUAG